GAUCUCUAGCCAGUGGGGCUGGUGGCCCCCAUCUCAGUGGGGCAGAUAAUCUGCUCUGGGCUUUAAUUUGAACGUUCAAGGAGCUCUCCAAGUUGCUUCCUUGAAAGUUUGGAUUAAAACAUAGAGCGGAUUCACUGCCUCACUGAUGUUGGAGCCACCAGCCUUCACUGCCUCUAGCCCCCAUAUUCCUCUGCUCCAGAGCAACCAGAAAUGUGUGUGUGUGUGACAGAGAGGGUCUUUGUGCGACCUUAUUGUGCAGAUCCAAAGGGUUAGCUGUCAUUCAUUGAAGAUAAUGAUUAAUUUAUUAGAGCUGUGGAAAUAUUGGUUAUUGGUUCAAAACUCUGGACACAUUCGGGGAGACUGAACAUUGUACUUCCCCACUGAGCAUGUGUCCAGCUAGAGAAUCUAUUUUCAAGGAAAAUCGCUGUGUCGUCUGAAAGGUUCUUCAUGCCCUCUCCAAAGCACAGCAAUCAAGGGUCAUCAAGAAGACAUUAAAUUCCUGGAUAUGGAAGACAAAUACGAAGUGCAAGGAAGAAGCGAAUUUGGCCCACACCAGUCAUACUCGUGGCGACAGCGUGUCUGUCCCGGCCACCGCCUGGUUUUUGCCCUCCUGGGGCUCGUCUGCAUCUUCACUGUCACAAUUGCCGUGUUUGGCUUAACUGGGCGCAAGAUUGGCACUGAUUUGAGGGGGAUGCAGGGAGACCUCAAGAGUGUCAAUCGCACGGUCUUUGUGGAGUUAGCGGCUUUGAAAAACAAGGAGGCAGAUGAUUUGAAGACGCUCGUGAAGAUUGACCAUCUGGUACAAAACCUGACUGAGGAGGUGAAGGAAGUAAAGACCCAGUUCCACGACCAGAUCUCUAAGCUGCGGAUCAACAUUCGGACCCAAAAUUGCAACCUGGAGAAUGCUAAACGCAAUCAAACAGAUAGCCACUGCUGCCCUAAAGGUUGGCACUCAUUUAGCCGGAGCUGCUACUGGAUCUCCACAACGGACAAGCCCUGGGACGACGCCAGAGUGGACUGUGAAGAUAAAGAUUCCCACCUGGUCAUCCUCACCAGCUACUCGGAGCAGCAAUUUGUCACCCAGCUCGCGAAACCCCGGUACACGUGGAUUGGCCUGACCCUGACCAGCGGGAGUUGGAAGUGGGUGGAUGGGACGGCGUACACAGUUCGCAGAAUAGACUGGAGACGAGGAGAGCCCAAUUUGUCCCACCAUGCAGGUGGGCCUGCCAACUGCGCACACCUUUACCGGGAUGGGCUGUGGAGCGCUGAGCACUGCACACGCCGGUACAACUGGAUGUGUGAGAUGGAGACAAGGGGCUGAGCUGUCUGGCCAAGGAGCAGCCAGCCCUUCGACGUUGGGGAAAGGUGCACAGGUUUCGGGACGAUUAAAUGUCUUGCACAAAUAAAAAUGUUUAUUAUGUGAA